UAGCAGUCACUUAGUUUGGUUUUGUUGGUUUCCAAGCGGCUGUGGCAAGUUUCUCGACGAUAUUGACAAUUUCUAUCCAACCUUGCAAUGUCUUCAAGCAUCGGAACUGAAUGUACGGACCUUAAACAAAAAUACGAUACCUGCUUCAACAAGUGGUACUCAGAAAAGUUCUUAAAGGGAGACACCACUCCUGAAUGCGAAGAUUUGUUUAAGGACUACAAAGCUUGCGUCAUGGUAGCAUUGAAGGAGAAGCAAAUUGACACUUUAUUGGCGGACGCUCGGAAAGAGUCUCCUUUCCCGCCACCGUCGUCGAGCUCAAACUCGGAGGCGUGAAUGAUUCUGUUAUAUAGAGAGAAUGAAAUUAAUGGUAGCAUGAUAUAGAGCAGACUUUUAAAUUUUUACCCAAACGUAACUGGAGCUGUAAUUCUUGCCAAAGUACGCUAGUUUUUUGACAUUGAAUUAACAUACAAGGUUGAGGCGGAAAUUCGGUGAUAUAGGCCAACAGUUAGAGGUCAUGCAUACUUGUAAAAUGAUUAAUACAGAUAAAAUCGAAUACUGAAAGGCGCUCUUCAUGUGUGCUUGGCACCAGAACUUACUGUUUCCAGAUGAUGAUAGUUCAUAACCGAUUUGCCG